AUGGCCAGAAAAUGGAUGAUCGAGGUUGAAGAGAAGUUUCGUCGAUCGGCUCGAUUCGGCCGAAGCCAAAUUUACACUCACUCUCGCUCCUCCUCCACCACCAUGUCUAAAAGCUUUCGGAUUGUAGUACUGCCUGGUGAUGGUAUCGGCCCAGAAGUCGUCAGUCAAGCUGUUCGUGUUCUGGAGACUGUGUCAGCCGCCUCCUCCGACUUUGACCUCAAGCUGGAAUCGCAUGACUUUGGCGGAUGCGCUAUCGAUGCGCACGGCGACCCUCUUCCGGUCAGCACUCUUCAGGCAUGCCAAGAAGCAGACGCGAUCCUCAUGGGCUCCAUCGGUGGACCUAAAUGGGGCGUUGACGCCAAAGUCCGGCCAGAACCUGGACUGUUGAAGCUUCGGAAAGCAUUAGGGCUAUACGCCAACAUUCGCCCCGCCAACUUUGCUUCGGAUUCAUUGGUGGAUGCAUCCCCCAUUAAGCCCGAUCUCGUCAAAGGCGUCAAUAUGAUUGUCGUUCGCGAACUAAUUGGCGGGUUAUAUUUCGGAGAACGGCAAGAGCUUGGUGCUUCGAAGGAGACCCCUGAUACCGCAUGGGACACAAUGAUCUACAGCAUUCCGGAGGUUGAGCGUAUCACACGCGUCGCAGCCACAAUUGCCAUGAGCGCCAACCCUCCUCUCGAAAUUCAUUCCAUUGACAAGGCAAAUGUGCUCGCUUGCUCUCGUCUCUGGCGGAAAGUCGUCACAGAAACAUUGAAUAAGGAGUUUCCCCGGAUAAAAUACGACCACCAUCUCGUCGAUUCCGCUGCAAUGCUCAUUGUCGCCAACCCGCGCAAGCUCAACGGUGUGAUUCUCACCGAGAAUUUGUUCGGGGACAUCUUGUCUGACCAAUCGAGUGUGAUACCUGGUUCCCUUGGUCUCUUACCGUCCGCGUCACUCGCUGGCGCUCCGUCUACUUCAUUCUCGGCCGACUUCAAGCCGACAUCGGGCUUGUAUGAACCAAUACACGGCUCGGCUCCUGACAUAGCUGGCCAAGGCAUUGCAAACCCAAUUGGCACAAUUCUGAGCGCUGCAAUGCUUCUUCGUUACUCGCUCGGGUUAGAAAAGCCCGCCAAAGCGAUCGACGACGCUGUCAGGAGCGUGCUGGAUGCGGGAGUUAGGACGAAGGAUCUGGGGGGAACGACGCGGUCAGAGGAGAUCGGGGACCUCAUCGUGAAGGAACUCCAAAGACUUUUGUAA